CAUAGAGAUAUUUGUCAGUGCAGCCAUCCUCUUCUCUCUCUAUUUCUCUCAGAAGCCUAACCUGAAACUCUAAAACCCUAGUCCUAUUUCUCUCGGAACCCUAACCUGAAACUCUAAAACCCCUUAUCCUGAGUCAAAUUCAUUUUAAUUCUCAAGCUGAAAUUAUUUUGACAAUAAAAAAGUGUCAAUUGAAGCAGCUCCUCCACUUAAUCAAGAUUAGAGAGUUAAAACCGAAAAAGGAGAUGCAGAUCAACCAUUUUCAUAGUGUUGUAUUCCAUUCCGAUGAUAUAAAUUGAUCUUUAGGAAUGUCUACGGGAAUUUGGUUAUGUUAUUUGGUGUAAAACCUAAUUUAGAGUGGACUAUGCGGUUGCGAUUAAACAAUAUAUAGUCUAUAGAGAGAGAUGAGAUGGGAUAUUAUCAUCACAUGAAUAAUAUUGUGCCAAUCUCUAAUCGGUUUCACUCUCUCCUGAAGCUUCCUAACAUCUUCUGCUGUGUUAGACAUGCAACAUCUUCAUUUUCUCUAGGCACCAAACGAAAUUUGGGAUUUGGGGCAACCAAGAUUUCCAGUUCCAACAGUGGAAAAUCUAAUCUCAGAUCAACUGUUUUGGAUAUUUAUAAUUGUAAUAUAAAAAUAAGUCAAUUAGGCCGUCGUGGAAAUGUCAGAGGAGCAAGGAAAUUGUUCGAUGAAAUGCCUCAUCAUGAUAAUGUCUCUUACACGGCCAUGAUCACUGCAUAUCUGAAGAAUAAUGAGCUGCGCAAAGCUGAAAAGCUCUUUCAGACAAUGCCUGACCGAACCAUUGUGGCUGAAUCUGCCAUGAUUGAUGGUUAUGCAAAAGCUGGUCUGAUGGACAAGGCUCAGAAAGUCUUUGAUGCUAUGAUAGACACAAAUGUAUUCUCAUGGACUAGUUUGAUUUCUGGGUACUUUAGGGAUGGACAAGUUGCUAAGGCUUGCCAGCUUUUUGAUCAAAUGCCGGCAAAAAAUGUGGUCUCUUGGACUACAAUGGUGUUGGGUUAUGCUCGAAAUGGUUUGAUUGAUCAAGCUCGUAGUGUUUUCAAUUGGAUGCCUGAAAAAAACACCAUAUCUUGGACAGCUAUGAUGAAAUCUUAUGUUGAUAAUGGUCGAACUGAUGAGGCUCUUAAGCUCUUCCAUGAAAUGCCUCUGCGAAACUUGUAUUCUUGGAACACAAUGAUCUCUGGUUGUCUAGAUGGUAAGAGAGUAAAUGAAGCAUUUAAACUGUUUCAUUUGAUGCCUCUAAGAAAUGCAGUUUCUUGGACAAUUAUGGUUUCAGGCCUAGCACGAAAUGGGUUGACCAAACUUGCAAGAGAGUACUUUGAUCAAAUGCCUAACAAAGAUAUAGCUGCAUGGAAUGCAAUGAUCACAGCAUAUGCGGAUGAAUGUCUCAUAGUUGAAGCAAGUGAGCUUUUCAAUUUGAUGACGGAAAGAAAUAUUGUGACUUGGAAUGCAAUGAUUGAUGGCUAUGCAAGGCACAGGCCAGAUGGCGAAGCCAUGAAGCACCUAAUCCUCAUGCUUCGCUCUUGCAUUAGACCUAACGAGACUACUAUGACCAUCAUACUGACCUCAUGUUGGGGAAUGCUAGAACUCAUGCAAGCUCAUGCACUUGCCAUAGUACUUGGAUGUGAGUGUGAAACAUCACUUUCCAAUGCUCUUAUUACUAUGUAUUCAAGAAUUGGGGAUAUUAGCUCUUCUAGGAUUGCUUUUGAGAGCCUCAAGGCCAAGGAUGUUGUGUCAUGGACAGCAAUGCUAUUAGCAUUUACUUACCAUGGCCAUGGUGACCAUGCCUUACAUGUCUUUGGACACAUGCUAAAAUCAGGAACCAAGCCUGAUGAGAUCACUUUUGUAGGAGUCUUGUCAGCUUGUAGUCAUGCUGGUCUUGUUAAGAAAGGUCAAAAGCUUUUUGACUCAAUGAGUCGUGCUUAUGGUUUAGAACCAAGGGCUGAGCACUAUUCGUGCCUUGUUGACAUCCUUGGUCGAGCAGGACAGGUGCAUGAGGCUAUGGAUGUUGUUUGCAAAAUGCCUGAAUGUGAGAGGGAUGGUGCUGUUCUAGGGGCAUUGCUUGGUGCAUGCAGGUUGCAUGGGAAUGUUGAAAUGGCAGAUUAUAUUGGCCAGAAGCUUAUCGAGCUAGAGCCAAAUAGCUCAGGUGGGUAUGUACUCUUAGCCAAUGUUUUUGCAGCACGUGGAAAUUGGGAUGAAUUUGCAGAAGUUAGGAAAAAGAUGAAGGACCGGAAUGUGAGGAAAGUACCGGGUUUUAGUCAAAUAGAGGUAAAGGGAAAGUGUCAUGCAUUCUUCGCGGGAGACAAAUCUCAUCCUCAGGUUGAGGAAAUUUAUGAACUGCUACGAGAGAAGCUUCUCCCCAUAAUGCAUGAGAUGGGCUACUCACAAUGGAACCAAUUUGUACCAUCAUGGUUUUAAGGUGAUGCAAAAGACAUUGUGAUUAAGACAUGUUAAUAUGCUGGAGGCAUUAAAGCUCAUUGAAAACAUUCAAGUA